AUGGUGGUUGUCUUAAUUUAUGUGGAAGAUGUUAUUAUAAUUGGAAAUUACCUUACUAAAAUUCAAGAAAUCAAGAAACAACUUAACAACGAAUUUAGUGUCAAGGAUCUGGGUCCGUUAAAGUAUUUUCUUGGGAUAGAGGUGGCUAAAACUCAAGAUGGUCUGGUUCUUAGUCAACGGAAGUAUGUUUUAGACAUCUUAAAGGAUUGUGGGAAGUUAGGUUGCAAACCAAGUUCGUUUCCCAUUGAACACGGUUUGAAACUUGACAAAGGGGAGAAUGAACCAACUGUUGAUGCAAACCAAUACCGUCGUUUGAAUGGUCGACUUUUGUACUUGCAAGCCACACGGCCUGAUAUAACUUACUCGGUCAAUGUUCUAAGCCAGUUCGUAGCUGAUCCAAGAUGUAAUCAUUUGGAGGCAGCGGAUCAUGUUCUUAGGUACCUAAAGGCUACACCGGGCCAAGGUAAUCUUCUCUCACGAGCAGGGGAUCCUGUUUUGACUGCAUACUGCGACUCUGACUGGUUAGGAUGUCCUUACACGAGAUGCUCGCGUACCGGUUAUUUUCUCUUACUAGGUGGAACUCCUAUCUCUUGGAAAACCAAGAAGCAAUCGGUUGUCUCACGAUCCUCAGCCGAAGCUGAAUACAGAGCUAUGGCUUCUACGGUUAGCGAAGUUCUUUGGGUUCAUUGGUUGCUUAGUGAGCUACAAGUUUGCAUUUCAGGCCUACGGCUCUCUUUUGUGAGAACCAAGUUGCUCGAAAGAAGUUGUACGUGA